CCAAGACUGGCCAAGAGUCGGUGCAGCAUCCGCAGAAUGGCGAAUCCAUUGGUGUGCCGGAUUUCGACUGUCUAUAUUGACAUUUUACGUCAAUGGUGCUGGCCCUGAUGGACCAACAGGCCUCUCACAAAUGUCGCUGGUGACAAGACAUCCCAAGGGAAUCAUGGCGGCGUUUGCGGUGUGCGUAUCAAUGGACACUGGCGACCUAGCAUAACAGCACUGGCACACCCUUGCGAUGAAGCAAUCAGUGGCGCUGAAUCUGCCACAAUGUCUCAAUCCACUCCUUCAUCCACUCCUGUAUCCACUCCUGUAUCCAUUCCUGCAUCCAGUCACCAAUGCCUUGCAGCCAAAGCCUGGGAGACCGCUCCGAACGUGUUUCGGCAGAUCGACGGCAUUGGCCCCCAGUUCUCCAAAAGCCUGGGCCGCGGCGGGAUCAACAGUCUUGCCGACUUGGCUCGCUGCGAUCCACGGAAAAUUGAAAUGUUGGUUGGUCGGAACCCGCCGUUUGGGAACAAGAUCUUGGACGUUCUCUCUUCGUUUCCACGGCUGACCAUCGCCGCAGCAAAGGUUGAGACAUUUGCAAAGGCAGGCGGUAGUAAGGAUGCGGAGCUGUGGGUGACGAUCACCCUCGUCAGUCCCAGCGACGGCAGAGUCUGCAAGCGAUUCCGCAAGGCUCUCUUUCUUGCAUUUGUGGGGUCGACAUACCUUCACCACCGAAGCAUCGGCCUGCCCAAGCUCGCUGAGGAGCCCAUCCAGUUCAAGUUUUCGAUCGGAUCGCCCAAGGGGGCGGUUGAGAUGUUGAUCCUGCACGACGAGCAUGGUGGGCGAACCACCCCGGAUGAUCGCCGGCCGACCCUCUGGCAGCCAGCCCCAUCUUCUCUGCUACUUUGUCCGCUGAUUGCUCUCCUAUCCGUCGUUUGCAGUUGGGCUUGACUGUCACUUCACACAUCUGAUAAACGAGACCGAGGUGUGUUGGGUGUUCUGCAGGCAGAUAUAACCAGACCUGCUUGGAUGCAAUCUGCGCGAGGAGAGGAAGCUGACCACUUGCCUUACUGCCGACCACUUGCCUUA